CUCUCUGGUGAAAAAAAGUCAACUUUAAUUUGACCCAACGGUUGCUUGCCACGUAUCACAUGAAAUGGAUACGGGCCCGUAAGAUUAGUACCCGGACUCUAAUCCCUACUAUCCAAUACGGGUAGUGCACCAGAAGAACAAAAACAACUGCAACACUGCACAAUAGAGGAUUCUUCUUCCUCUUCGACAAUGGCAACAUCGUUAUUCCGCACCAUAAGAAGAGCAUCCUCUGCUCUCAGAUUUUCGUACGCCACCUCGUUUUCGGUCUCUCUCAGGUCAGUCGGGAGAAGCAAUAUGUGUGUGUUUUCUCCUUUGAGGCAUCGUGUCUCGCUAGGAGAGCAAGGUUACAGGUGGGGUUUAAGAAAUUUGAGCCAUGGCAGGGUGAACCUUGUGAUAACAGGAGGGAAGACCAAGUUUGAGACUGAUGAGGUUGAGCCUCCUAAGAAAGACAAGUGGAAGACCAAGAAGAGAUUGAAGAUGCAGAGGAAGAGAGAGAAGGAGAAGAGGAAAGCGGCCAACAGGAAAGACCCUCGUCGACUUGGUGUCAAAGGAAAGAAGAAGAAGCAGAGAUUUGCCAGUGCAGAUGAGAGAAUUAAGUACAAGAUUGAGAAUGCCAGAAUUAAGGAAACAUUGCUCAUUGAAAGGCUCAAAAGAUAUGAAGUUCCUAAACUUCAGGGUCCUGUGGUGAAGCCUGAUAGCUUGACGGGGGAGGAAAGGUUUUAUUUGAAGAAAAUGGCUCAGAAGAGAUCUAAUUAUCUACAAAUUGGCAGAAGAGGAUUAUUUGGAGGGGUUGUUCUCAAUAUGCAUAUGCAUUGGAAGAAACAUGAGACUGUUAAGGUCAUAUGCAAGCCUUGUAAGCCUGGUCAAGUACACGAGUAUGCACAAGAACUUGCCAGAUUGAGCGGCGGUAUUCCACUUCAAAUAAUUGGAGAUGACACUAUAAUAUUUUAUCGUGGAAGGAACUACGAACAGCCUGAUGUUAUGUCACCAAUUGAUACACUGUCCAAGAAAAAGGCACUUGAAAAAUCCAAGUAUGAGCAAUCACUUGAGUCAGUGAGGCGCUUCAUUGCUAUUGCUGAGAAAGAACUAGAGCUAUAUUACAGACACGUUGCACUUUAUGGUGAUCCAAACAACCGAAAUCCCUUAUCAGUGCUGGACAGUCCAAGUGAAAACUCCAAGGAAAAAGGGAAUCAUAGAAUUCAAGAUAAAAAAAUCCCUCACUUGAAAAGUGACUAUUUUUCAGCCAGUCUUUCAGAGACUGAAGCAGAUUCCUCGGAAUUGGAGCUGUCAGAAACAGAAGAUAGUUUUCCAGAUGAAAACUUGUCAAGGAAUGAAUCAGAUUCUGAAGAGGACAGCAUGUUGGAUUCCAAUGGUAAUCACGAAAAGGAGGUAUAUUUUACUAAAUUGCAAUAUGAAAAUGUAAGCUCAACCACAGGUUCUUCAUCAAUGGCUAAACGUAGCCACUAUUACAAUAAUAGUAAUAAUAAUCAAUGUUUAUAAAAAGUUCCAUUCACUACAUAUUAGAGAUACAUUGUUUACAGAUACCUUGUCUAAAUCAACAAGCACAUAGAAAUGUACCUUGCAGGAAUCUGAAAAAUAGGUCUUUUGUUAAGUGUUCAUACUUGCAUGGUUACACGUGUGCAUGCUAGUGUUGAUAACAGGGUAAAACAUUUUUUGUGGACACAGUCCACACAGUACUCCAAAGUUGACAAUCAAAAACUGAUCUUUAUGCUUGCAUAAUGCAGUUUCCACUUACCAAGAGGGUAAAACAUUUAAACACUUUGAAAUCCAUAAGUUUUAA